AUUUCGUUGCUUUUGCUGUUGUUGUUUCCUGUAACGAACUUUUGCCACAGCCAAAUGCCGAACGGUUUUUCUUAUUUCAACUGUAGAAAAAUAGUUAAUUUUCGCCAGUAAAGCAUCGAUUCAAGUGAGAAAUUAAUGAAAAACUUCUAUUUGAUACUGACGAAAUAUCACUGCUUCGAAAAUGAAGACGAUGCGCCAGAAAACUCCCAUCAAAGUCCUGCCGAAGAUUACGCCCCUUCAAAGUCGUGGAAAUUCUGGCAACAACUUGCAAAGCGAUCCAGUGCAUGUGUACUGCCGCGUCCGUCCAUUGCCAUGCGAAUCCGAUCUGUCCUGUUUGCGGGUCACCGCUCACAAUACGGUCGUUUUGACUCCGCCUGAGAUUGCCAUCAACUACAAAAUAACGGCCCUGAAGGAAACGCAGUACAUCUUCAAGCAUGUCUACGAAGCGUCCUCCUCGCAGCACGAAGUUUACUCGUCAGUGGCACAGCCCCUGGUGGAGGGACUUGUCCGCGGCAGGAAUGGGUUGCUGUUCACUUACGGAGUCACUGGAAGCGGAAAGACCUACACGAUGACCGGCGAUAUCAACCACAGAGGCAUCAUGCCGCGGUGCUUGGACGCAUUGUUCCGAACGAUUGCCGAUUUCCAGGCAAAGAAAUUCGUAUUCAAACCGGACCGGUUAAAUGGGUUCGAUAUAUUAUCCGAGGCGGAUGCUAUGCUGGAACGGCAGGCAGAAAUGCACUCGAAGCUGAACAAGGCGAAGCGCAAUAAGGAUAUUGAUCCGGAGAUUGCUUCUAAAGCGUCAGUGGAGCCAUCCGAACUGAACGGAAUUGACGAGGACAACAUCUACUCGGUGUUCAUUACCUACGUGGAGGUCUACAAUAAUAGCGUUUACGAUCUGCUGGAAGAGACGACCAUCCAGAAGACGCUGCAGAGUAAAAUGGUUCGGGAGGAUGCAUGUCGGAAUAUGUUCGUUCACGGUGUAACGGAAGUGGAGGUAAAAACGAUGGAUGAAGCGCUAGAGGUUUUUCAAUUCGGCCAGAAGCGGAAACGCGUGGGUCACACGAUUCUUAACGCCGAGUCGAGCAGAUCGCACUCGGUGUUCACCAUUCGUUUGGUACAGGCUCCCAUCGAUAAACACGGAGAGCAUGCGGUUCAGGAUAGGAACGCGGUCACGAUCAGUCAGCUAUCGUUAGUGGACCUGGCCGGAAGUGAGAGAACCAGUCGAACAGGAAACACAGGGCAACGAUUGCGCGAGGCAGGCAAUAUUAAUAACAGUUUGAUGACCCUGCGGACCUGUUUGGAGAUUUUGAGGGAAAACCAGAUGACGGGGAGUUCAAAGAAGGUACCCUACAGAGACUCGAAGAUAACCCAUCUGUUCAAGAACUAUUUCGACGGUGAAGGACAAGUUCGAAUGAUUGUCUGCGUCAAUCCAAGAGCAGAAGAUUAUGAUGAGACUGCUCAGGUUAUGAAGUUUGCAGAAAUGACGCAGGACGUCCAGAUUACAAGGCCAACGCCAGUUAAGGUUGACAUGGGUUUGACCCCUGGGCGUCGUAAGGCUAACCAACUCUUCAAGAUGGCAAUGAACGACAUCGAGAAGCGACACCACGAGGGUGGAAAAAUUGAUGUGGAUCUGGGGUUAGUUUACAGCCUUGGUCCUAACUUCCCAGAGCUAAAGAUGAAUGGUCCAGAGGCGCAGGAGAUUACAAAAGAAUUGAUCAAAUUAUUGGAAAUGAGAAUCGCGAAACGCCGGUCGUUAUGCGAUGAUUAUGAUGCCCGUCAGGAUCGAUUUCGAAUGAAUUUGUUGAAAAUCGAAAAAGAGAAUGUUGCACUCAAAGCGGAAAAUGCAUCAAUCAAAGGAGUACUGAGCCAGAACCGGCAGAAGAUUAAAGCUAUGGAGAAUAAAAUUGUUAUCUACGAGAGCUCGAUUGACGAUCUGAAUCGUCGUAAUCGAACAUUGGAGGAAAGGGUGAGGGAUCUGCAAACUCAUCUCAAUCAGAAGACACAAAUGCUCAAUCAGAAAGAGAUCGAAA